AUGUAUGACUCAUAAGGCUGAGGCAAAGAUACCACUUCCCUAAUCUAUCGUAGCCAUUUUAACACUGCUGCCUUUUUAAAACCCUUUUCUGCUGUGCGACAUUUGGAAACGUAUACAUUCAGGGUACAAAGAAGCCAAUGUCAAGGUCCUGACGAUUCCAUGAAAAUAGCACUUUAAGAAAAUCCUUUGUCUUCGUCUAACGAAGAAAGUCAAGAAAGCUGGAAUAUAUAUAUAUGUAAGCUACAGUAGCUGAAAGAAGCACUUUGAAAGAUCCAAACUGUCCAAAUUGCUGAUUGUUGCCUUCUAAAUCGACAGUAGGGUGACCCAUUCUUCUCAUGAGGAGUUGUGGGAAGAGGAUACACUAGGAUGGCCACUGCCGUACAACAAAAUGAACUGGUGUUUGAGUUUGCAAGCAAUGUCAUGGAGGAUGACAACCAGCUUGAUGACCCUUCCAUCUUCCCCGCUGUCAUUGUGGAGCACAUUCCAAAUGCAGAUUUACUGCACACUUAUUCCGGCUUAACAUGCGUUGAUGAACCAAAUGACAUGAUCAAUGAAAACUCCCUGGAUGUAGCAGAGGAACAGAUUAUAGAAGACGAUGACCUCACUCUUACAGUUGAAGCAUCGUGUCAGAAUGGAGAUGAGACCAUGGAAACAAUUGAAGCAGCAGAGGCACUUCUUAAUAUGGAUUCUCCAGAUGCACUGCUAGAUGAGAAAAGAUUAGCUAACAUUUUCGGUGCAUCUGAUGAUGAACUGAUGAUCACUCCCAUUACACAUGUUUCUGUCACUGUUGACGGCAUUCCAGAGGUGAUGGAGAUCCACCAGAGCAUGUAUGAAGAUCCAACAGAGUCUCUGCAGGACGAGCAGCCAAAGAGGAAGAAAGCGAGAAAAGCAAGAACACCUCGCCCAGAGUCACCUACAACUACCCCAAAUAUAUCUGUGAAGAAAAAAAGCAAGGAUGGAAAAGGUAAUACCAUAUACCUUUGGGAAUUUUUGCUAGCUUUGCUUCAAGAUAAGGCUACAUGUCCAAAGUACAUCAAAUGGACUCAGCGAGAGAAGGGUAUCUUCAAGCUGGUAGAUUCCAAGGCUGUUUCAAAGCUCUGGGGAAAGCACAAGAAUAAACCCGACAUGAACUAUGAGACAAUGGGCAGAGCACUCAGGUACUAUUACCAAAGAGGUAUUCUAGCUAAGGUGGAAGGCCAACGCCUUGUCUAUCAGUUCAAGGAGAUGCCAAAGGAUCUUAUUUAUAUUGAUGAAGAAGAUUCAAGCCCUGCGGAAUACUCAGGGAGUUUGUCCUCAAACCAGCAUUUGCAUUCUCCAGUUUCUACUCCAAAUCGAAAUCAUGCAAAAGCAUCUAGAGGGGCUUCCAACACUGGACCAAGAAACAGCUCAACCACUGUUCUAAAAUCACCAAAGUCUUCAAAAGUGAAAGAUCUAGUGGAGCCUAGCCAACUCCAGGCGUCUUUAGUCCCAUCAGAUAUGUUGAGGACGGUGACUCCUUCACAGACACCUCAUCCAACCCAGCUUUUUCGGACUGUCCACUUAAUGUCUGGACAAACAGUUCCUGAACAAGGGCUAACUUGCACCAUUCACAACGACACACUUUCUUCUACACAAACUAUCAGGACUAUACAGUCUCCAGGUCAGGUCCCAGUAGUGGUUUCUCCUGGCAGUCAGCAGUUACAUACUGUAACACUCCAGACAAUGCCUCUCACCACGGUAAUAACAAGCACAGACCCAACAGCUGGUGUGGGCCCACAAAAAUUCAUCCUUCAAGCCAUUCCUUCAGGCCAGCCAAUGACCGUACUCAAGGAUAACAUGGUGCUACAGCCUCAGAAAACAGGCUCGCCUCCACCAUCAAUUGUCCUGAGCUCUAGCCAGGUUCAGCAAGUUCUGAAUGGCAAUGUACAGAGCCUUUGUAAUGGAACAGUCAGUGUGCCUUCGUCACCAGUCUUCAGUGCAACCACUCCAAUCAUGUCCUUUUCAACCAGCUCUUCGCCACUGCUUAACCACACCCCGGGCACAGUCAUCACAUCCGUGAUCAAAUCACCGGAACCCAAACAAACACUUUUUCAAGUUACCAACAGUCAUGAUUCUCAGGAAGGCCCAUCUCAAGUUGCUGAGCAAACUGAGCAAAAGUUUUCACCAUCGUGCGUGUUAGUAGUUGCCAGCCCAAAUGGAUUCCCAUCCCAGGUGGAAAUUAAACAGGAAAAUGAUACGUGGGAAUUUGAUUCCAAGUAAUAAAAAGAAAACCUCCCUAUUUAAUUUUUUUUCCAAAUGUC